AUUAUAAGAGGUCGACCAAGGACGGAUAACAUUGCUUAUCUACGUCGUGUUGGUGCUAAAUCCAAAUCGACAAUACGAUGCGAAAUCUGCCAACGCACUUUUCCUCGCGAGAAAUCAUUACAAGCUCAUAGGCGUACACAUACUGGUGAACGCCCUUAUGUCUGUGAUUUUCCCAAUUGUGGCAAAACAUUUGCUCAAAGUGGUCAACUCAAGACUCAUUUACGCAUUCAUACUGGUGAAAAACCAUUUAUGUGCUCUAUCCAAGGUUGCACUUCGCGUUUUACUCACUCCAAUCGUCAUUGCCCUGAUCAUCCAUACGCUGCUUUACAGCGCAAUGAUGACGAAGCUAGUAUCACAUUGCAAAAUGAUGAUCCGCUGGUCAUGCAAUGGCUUGCUAAACUUCAACAAUCGCGCCGAGAUAGACAGUUGAAGAGGUUGCAAAAACAACCACCUACUUCACCACUAGCGGUCGAAAAUCAACAAAGUAAUACGCUUGAGGAUGCCCCUGAUAAGAAAAAAACGGCUCGUUUACAAGCUAAGAAACGUUUAGCUGAUCAACGAGCAAAGUGGAAUGGAGCUAUCGCUUUAAUGGAACUUUCUGAAAAU